GGGGGUCGGGGGGGGAGGUCAUACUUCUCUCUGCCCUCUGGUCAUGUCCCGUUUCAGGUUAGGUUUCUCUGUGUUAAAAUUUUCUCCAUAAAUUUAGAAAUAAAUGGGAAUAAGUUCUGAUGAAAUUAACAGAUAAAUAUGUGGCACAUAUAUUUCAACGUAAUUUAAAUAUGUAGACAUUCGUAUUAUUAAAUGAAUGUGAAUUACGAGAAGAUUGAAUGUCUCUUGAUGACGAAAGUUUUCAUGUCAAUAAUCAAUACCUACAAUGUAAUUACAAUGUUAAAAGUAUAUACUCGUAUCUCAACCUGAAAGUGAGCCAAUAUGAUAGAAAUCACGGCAAAACUCGUUCGAGGUCCUGUGUACUUUUCCGGAGAAAUUAUAGAAUGUUUGGUCACGUUUACGAAUCCCCCGAAUCCAAAUCAUCAAAUAUCACAAAGUCACAGUGAUCUGUUCGAGAGUCUUGCAUGGGCUAGCGCACAGGUCCAUUGCCAGUGUACAACCAACAGCAAAAUUGUACUUGCGGAGAAGAUAAAUACUGCAGCUCGCUCAAUGGCGAUUAAUGCAAAUACUACCUUCGCUCCGUGGCAACAGGACAACGGACAUGUGGUACUGAAUACAAAGCCAAAAAUCUUGUGCUGCGAUUUAAGACUGUCUCCCGGGGAAAGUAAGACUUAUAUCUAUCGUGAAACGAUACCAAGUGACGCACCACCUUCAUACCGAGGACAGGCCGUAAAAUAUUCUUAUAAGAUCACAAUUGGAACGCAAAGAGUGAAUACAGUUAUAAAACUCUUACGCGUACCAUUCAGAGUACUCUCCUUAAGCGAAUUGCCGGAGAUAACAGCGUGCAACGAUAGCGUAGAUCUGAGUCCGAACAAUCCGUUUAUGGAAACGCAGCACAGGGAGACUCCACUAGAUAUCGCUCUACAGACGCUGCAGAAUUUAACAGCCAGACGCAGUCCAAAUUUUUACAACGUGACAAACGGCCGCGGACGCGUUGUGCGGUUCUGCCUCUUCAAGAAUUCCUACAAGCUCGGCGAGGACAUUGUCGGUACCUUCGACUUCUCCAACGCGACCGUAUCCUGCGUUCAGGUGUCCGUGUCCCUGCAGUCGGAGGAGCACGUGUCGGAGGAGUACAAGCGUGGGAAGACCGCGACGCCGACGUUGAUCAGCUACAACAAGCACCACGAGAUGUGUCUCGGUCUCAAGUACUCGCACCUGGUGCUGCCGAUACCCUUGCACGUCACGCCGGACUUCACCACCGAUCUGGUCACGCUCAAGUGGCGGUUGCAUUUCGAGUUCGUCACGACGCCGAAGCUGAUGGAGAUGCCCAGCGAGAACACCAUAAGCUGGCACGGGCCGUCGACUCUGGAUGUCGAAACGAUGAUCUGGGAUCUUCCGCUGCACAUCCAUCCGACCACUACCCCGCCGAACAUGGCGCAACAGACGAAAUACAACACCGUCAUAUAGAUAUCAUAUAGGUAUGUCAUAACAAGAUUUGUAUAUAGUAUUUAUCCGGUGUAAGAGAAGCGAAUUAUCGCUACUCUGGUGCACACAGUCAACAGAUUACGGAAAUAAUGUAGAGGAAUACAGCAAUAAAUUCCACAUUUUGUGGUUCUCGUAUACUUCGGUAAGUAUACGAUUAUUGUUAUUCUAUGCUUUAGAAAACAAUUUGUAUUCUGUAUGAUAAUUUAUUUUAUAUGAAAAAGAUAUAUUUUUUCGUAUAUUUAUGUAUAUAAAUAAAAAAAGUUAUGUAAUACAGGAAAACGUUAGAAUAAUUUAAGCACUUUUGAUGAAUUUUAUAAUAAUAGCAUUCGUGACUUUAUCAGCAUUUACCCCUGCUGAGGUAAUGGUCUCUCCGGAGACUAAUGACUUUGCAGAAAUGAUAUAUUACACAGCGACGAAGAAAAAUAAAGAGACUAUUUUAAUCUCUAUAAAUAA